AUGAAUAGGGAAAUUAAUAUACUAAUUGUUAGUGAUAUUCAUUUAUCAUUUACAAAUAUAAAGAAAUUAGGGGAAAAGAUAAAUAAUAAAAAAAUAGAUUUAAUAAUAUGUGGUGGUGAUGUAUGUAAUUUUGAUCCAGUAAAUAGUAAUGAUUUAGAGAAAGUUGAAGAAUGUGAAAAAGAAAUGACAGAAAUAUUUAAAGCAUUACAUGAGAUUGUACCAUCAGUUGAUAUAUUAUAUGUACCAGGAAAUCAUGAUUCAAAAACCACUCUUUUAUUUGAAAGUAAUAAUUUAGAAUCAAAAGUACCAAAACUUACCGAUAGAUCAUAUAAUAUUCACAAGGGUAACUUUAGAUUAGAUGAUGAUUUAGUAUUGGUAGGUUUGGGUGGUAGUUUACCAUCCUAUUGUGAUAAUAAACCACAUUGGACUGGUUAUCCCUAUGAUUACUCAAAUGGUGCUGAUAAUGAUGAAAAACAAGUUUUAUUAGAUUUAAAUCAAUCUUUUAAAUUCAAAGAUACAAUUAAUUCAAAAGAUAAAAUCAUUCUAUUAACUCAUAUGGGACCAUAUAAUUGUUAUACUACAAUCGAUCAAAUUGAUCUUUCAAUAUCUCCAAUUUAUUCUGGUAGUAAAUCAAUUGAAAAUAUUAUUAAAGAAAAUCAACAACAAAUAUUUUUAAAUAUUCAUGGACAUACACAUCAUUCAACUGGAUUAGCAAAAGUUGGUAAAACAUAUGUUUGUAAUCCAGGUUCAUUAAGAUCUGGUCAUUAUGUAAUAUUAAAAGUUGAAAAGUUUUGUAAUCAAUUAUGGAGAUUAAAAUCUACCAAAUUUUAUAAAUUAUAA